UGUUUGAUUUAGAUGAGUUUUGGCACUGGAACUAUUGUGCACUGCCCAACAUCAAAUGGUACAUUAUCCUGGACUUCCCCGUGGCUUGGUAGCCGUGCUAUUAUACUAUGAUGGACGAAAGGCGGUAGCUAAUUCUAUUCGCGAUCUGUUUCAAAUAACAAGUGGAGUCUCAUGGGUUCCGGAAUCUCCAAAAAAAUUAGUACAACUGGUUUCAUUAUUUUCGCAAAACCUAGUAGAGGACUCAAAUAUAUUGGACAGAAUCAUAGAUUUAUUGAACGAGUUGGAUAUUGUUAAAGAGAUAUCCCUGAUGACAUGUGGUCUCCUUUUAAGCAUCUCUAUAGAGUUAUAGAGCAGACUGUCAUAAAUCCAAACGAAUCAGCUAUUUCAAGUUUGGAAGUGUGUCUUAAGCGCCAUAAACAAGUUUUCGUAAAUCUCUUGCGAAAUCCCCCUAAGAAUGAAGCAAAUAGGUCACAGCUUCGAGCUUGUGCUACUCAAGGUGUUCCUUUUAGUGGAAAUAGCAGAGCUUUUCCUGUAUCUACGGAACUUAUUGAAGAAAGUAUUAUUAUAUCCGAUAUGUUUGAUUUAGAUGAGUUUUUGGCACUGGAACUAUUGUGCACUGCCCAACAUCAAAUGGUACAUUAUCCUGGACUUCCCCGUGGCUUGGUAGCCGUGCUAUUAUACUAUGAUGGACGAAAGGCGGUAGCUAAUUCUAUUCGCGAUCUGUUUCAAAUAACAAGUGGAGUCUCAUGGGUUCCGGAAUCUCCAAAAAAAUUAGUACAACUGGUUUCAUUAUUUUCGCAAAACCUAGUAGAGGACUCAAAUAUAUUGGACAGAAUCAUAGAUUUAUUGAACGAGUUGGAUAUUGUUAAAGAGAACUGAAAUUGAUGUCGGGUU